UCCACCAUGACCAUGGCAAGUGUUUUUGUGCUGCUCUCUCUUGCGCUUUGCUGCUUCCCAGAGACUGCAUUGGGGGUUGAGGUCGACUGCAGUAAAUAUCCCAACACUACAAACGAGGAAGGCAAAGAGGUGCUGCUCUGUCCUGAGAUCCUUAACCCUGUCUGUGGUGCUGAUGGAGUGACUUACAGCAAUGAAUGCCUGCUGUGUGCCUACAACAUCGAAUAUGGAACCAAUGUCAGCAAAGACCACGACGGAGAAUGCAAGGAAGUUGUUCCUAUUGACUGCAGUAAAUAUUCCAACACUACAAAUGAGGAAGGCAAAGAGGUGCCAGUCUGCACGAAGAUCCUCAGCCCUGUCUGCGGUACCGAUGGAGUGACUUACAGCAACGAAUGCCUGCUGUGCGCUCACAAUGCAGAACAGGGCACCAGCGUUGGCAAGAAGAGUGAUGGUGAAUGCAAGAAGGAAUUUGCUACAGUUGACUGCAGUGACCACCCUAAACCUGUCUGCUCGCUUGAGUAUAUGCCUCUGUGUGGCUCUGACAGCAAAACAUACAGCAAUAAGUGUGACUUCUGCAAUGCUGUUGUGGAGAGCAAUGGGACUCUCACUUUAAGCCAUUUUGGAAAAUGUUAA